AUAGAAUGUGCAGAAAACCAAACCUCGAUCAGUUUUAUCAAGCACGUAACAAAUCGUGACCUGAACGUCUCUCUUCAAGGAUGAACUUCACGAACGAGACAGCGGAGUUCGAGGAGGAGGGUGGUUUCAGCUGUAGCUUAAACGGUACCCUGGACGCCUUCCACACGACGUACAUCCAGAUCCACGGAUACGCGAGUCUUCUGGUCUGCCUCUUCGGCUCGGUGGCGAACACGCUUAACAUAGCAGUGUUGACCCGUCGGGAGAUGAACUCACCAACGAACGCGAUCCUGACUGGACUGGCAGUGGCCGACCUCCUCGUCAUGCUCGAGUACAUUCCGUACGCCACUCACAUGUACCUUCUGCACCGUCCACGACGAGAGCAGUUCACCUACCCUUGGAGCUUCUUCGUCCUCUUCCAUUCGAACUUCGCCCAGGUCUUCCACACGAUUUCGAUAUGGUUGACAGUGACUCUGGCCAUCUGGCGUUACAUCGCGGUCGCUUUUCCCCAGAAGAACCGCGAGCUCUGCAGCAUCAACAGAACCAUGUUGGCAAUCGCUGGUGCCUACGUGAUAUGCCCGAUAAUCUGUGUUCCAUUGUACCUGACCUUCAGCCUGGAGUCUCGGACCGUUUUGAUCGACGGGAGUGGAAACACGCUGGAUUUGAACCAGACCAACCAUUCGCUGCCAGAAGAUGCUGUGAACACGACGUUGUACUUCGUCAACUACAGCCAGACGGCCAUUGCCUACCCUUUUCUGAGGAUAAUGAACCUCUGGAUUUACGGUGCCGUCAUCAAGAUCAUACCCUGCAUCGCUCUAACCAUUCUCAGCCUUCAGCUGAUCCUCGCUCUCGUCGAGGCCAAGAAACGUCGGCAAAAACUCACCUCCGCCGCCCUCGUCAAGACUGUCAACAAAUCUACCGACGCCAACGACGGGAAAAAAACGCGGAAAAAACCAUCCCGCCAUAUGGAUAAGGAACGACAAACCGACAGGACUACCAGAAUGCUUCUAGCCGUUCUUCUCCUAUUUCUCAUCACUGAAUUCCCCCAGGGUGUCAUGGGUCUUCUCAGCGUCAUGCUCGGUGCCAGGUUCUUUGACACCUGCUACGUCAAACUCGGUGAGGUGAUGGACAUCCUGGCGCUGAUAAAUUCGGCGAUAAACUUCAUCCUCUACUGCGCGAUGAGCCGACAGUUCCGUACGACGUUCAACCAGCUUUUCGGAAGAUCGAAACUCUUCGGAAGAUGGAUGCCGAUACCGCAGCAUGGAGAGAACAACGGUAACACGGGAACAAAUCACACGGUCACCCAAGUAACGCAAGUCUAGCACAGGCGUUUGCGGAAAACGACUGCAUGCUUUCCCGUAUGAAUUUUCAUGCCGGUUUUUAAACGAAAAUCCAGCUCAAAUCCUAACUUUAAUUAAUUAUACGAAACUACGGAGUUUCGUAUUCAAAUUGGACCACAAUCAGCUCCUCUUAAUCCUUUCAUCUCACCAAUGACACGACUUAAUUUUGUCAAAUGUGAGCAAAACAUACCGGCAACUUCACUUUAAUUGCCAACUUUAAAAACUUGACGUUUCCUUAAA